CAUGCGGUGGGCCUGGAGUCUCCCCUGGUCUCUGCUGUGGCUGCUGGCUGCUCGACUCCCCUCGACUCUCUGCCUCUGGGAUGCGUCGAGUGACCAGGAAGUUUCAGUCCUUGAACGCCUCGCUGACGAUCUUUUUACGCCGUACACAGACGACUAUGAAAAGGACAACUUGCUCAACUACAACACCUCCUACCUGUUUCGCAGCACUGGACACCCACAGCCUUCCUCUCACGGCGAGGCUCUUGAUGCCCUCAUAAUUCUCCUCAACCAGAAGGCCUCCAAGAGACAGGCUGUUAGCUCUGUUCCUGUUGAGAGCCUCCCUUGUCCUUUCUGCCCUAAAUGCUAUCCCGGCCAGCCCUGUCCCCCUGGCUGUCCACCGACCCCUUGUCCUACAUGUUACCCUGGGAGUAUGUGUCCUAUUGGGUGUCCAGCCACUCCAUGUCCUCCUUGCUACCCUGGGACUUCUUGUCCAAGGGGAUGUCCUGUUACACCCUGUCCCAAAUGCUAUCCUGGAUCCCCGUGUCCCGUUGGCUGUCCUGUUAAUGCAUGUCCACUUUGUUAUCCUGGAAGUCCCUGUCCUCCAGGAUGCCCACAGAUAUCUUGUCCUUCUUGCUACCCGGGGGAGAAAUGUCCUCUGGGUUGUCCAGCUACUCCCUGUCCGCAAUGCUUUCCUGGCACUCCGUGUCCUCCAGGCUGUCCAUUGAGCAACUGUCCUACCUGCUACCCAGGAUCCCCUUGUCCUCCAGGCUGUCCAACCACACCCUGUCCUUUGUGCUACCCAGGAGUGCCCUGUCCUGCCGGAUGUCCUGUCCUCACUUGUCCCGAGUGCUAUCCAGGAUCGCCAUGCCCCGCAGAGUGUCCACCCACUCCCUGCCCAUCGUGUUAUCCUGGAGAGAAAUGCCCAAGAGGCUGCCCAAGCACUCCGUGCCCUGAUUGUGUUCGUGGCCAGCCCUGUCCCCCUGGUUGUCCCCCCGGCCCCUGUCCACCUUGCUAUCCUGGAACAGCUUGUCCUGCAGACUGUCCUGUGACCCCCUGUCCUACCUGCUACCCAGGGGACCUGUGUCCUAUUGGAUGCCCUCCGACACCGUGUCCAGUCUGCUAUGGAGACACAAAAUGCCCUGCAGGAUGUCCAGUUUACCCCUGCCCUGAUUGCUAUCCUGGUAGCUCCUGUCCCUCUGGUUGUCCUCCCACUCCCUGUCCAGUGUGCUUUGCAGGAGGGCCAUGUCCUCCAGGUUGCCCAAGAAGGCCAUGUCCUGACUGCUAUCCCGGAAGCCCAUGUCCCUCUGGCUGCCCUCUGACACCAUGUCCUACUUGCUACCCUGGGGACAAGUGCCCAGGCCAAUGCCCUGUCAUUCCUUGCCCUGACUGCUACCCAGGACAGAGCUGUCCAGAGAAGUGUCCCGCAACACCGUGUCCUGACUGCUACCCUGGUGAUGUAUGUCCUCUAGGGUGUCCCUAUACACCGUGUCCUUCUUGCUACCCAGGACAGAGUUGCCCACCUGGAUGCCCCCCAACGCCCUGUCCUUCCUGCUUCCCAAAUACCCCCUGCCCUGUAGGCUGUCCCAUCACCCCAUGUCCAGAAUGCUACCCAGGAGAGAGAUGCCCUCCUGGCUGUCCACAAACACCUUGCCCAACCUGCUAUCCCGGUGACCCUUGCCCAUUGGGAUGUCCAGUCACCGAGUGCCCUGCAUGUUACCCUGGGCAGAAUUGCCCAGUGAGCUGUCCUGUGCUGCCAUGCCCUACUUGCUACCCAGGAGAUCCAUGCCCAGGCAACUGUCCUCCAACAGAUUGCCCGCCCUGCUACCCAGGCUUCAGAUGUCCUUCAGGAUGUCCCGAAACCCCUUGUCCAUCAUGUUAUCCUGGGCAAUCAUGUCCCAUAGGAUGUCCUCCCACACCUUGCUCGAUCUGCCUGCCUGGCAAGCCAUGUCCCCCUGGGUGUCCCAUGUCCCCAUGCCCCCCAUGUUAUCCAGGUGAAAAGUGUCUUGAGGGAUGCCCAGUGACUCCCUGUCCAGAUUGUUAUCCUGGAAUCCCAUGCCCUAAAUCUUGUCCUCCUACUCCAUGUCCGUCUUGUCUGCCUGGAGAGCCAUGUCCCCCUGGAUGCAGUCAGAUGCCAUGUCCUCCUUGCUAUCCAGGAAUUCCAUGUCCUGUUGGUUGUCCCGUCACACCAUGUCCUCCUUGUCUUCCUGGUCAGCCGUGCCCACCGGGAUGUGGUUCCAGGCCAACUUGCACUAACUGUCCCCCUGGUCCCCCCGGGGCACCAGGAGGCAUUGGGAGGCAAAUUCCAGGGCCUCCAGGACCCAGGGGGCCGCCGGCUCAGGGCCAAAUAGGUCUACCUGGGCCCCCAGGACUUCCAGGAAAAUGUAGCACCCCAGGAGCGCCUUGCAUGAAUUGCUGCCCAACAAAGGUUGACCUUCAGAAAAUUAUUCAGAUUUCCAAGAAAAAGCAACAAGUGUCAUGUGAUCACGACGUAGAUGAACUUGAAGCAAAACUGGUGUCUUUGGAACAAGAUCUAGGUCGUCUUCAGGCUCUUGAGGCCAAAGUAAAGAGUCAGAGCGGCCUCAUCAAACAACUUGGGAACAAUUUCAGAGAACGUGACUUCAGCGGCGACAAGGGCCAGAAGGGGACCAGGGGAGUCCUCGGGCACAAGGGCGAAGGAGGCGCCGCCGGAGCUCACGGUUCCUGCAGCGAGGUCUCCGACGAUCCCGCCAAGGGCCCCCUAGGUCCCCGGGGCACAAGGGGGUCAAGGGCGAGCCAGGGACCCAAGGGCACUGCAAAUGUCGCGGUGAUCGAGGCGAGAAAGGUCUGCCGGGAGAGGAUGUCAAAGGUCAUCGAGGUCAGCAGGGGUAUAAAGGUCAAAAGGGCGAACGAGGAGUUGGGUCGAGGUCAAGCUUCGGUCUGGAAUCCGAAGUCGAAGUGAGGAAUUCCAGGUCGCAGAAGAAGACGCUGGCUACGUAGAAAAGCGCCAUGGCGGAUGAUACAAAUGAUAAAACGUACAGCGGUAGACGUGAAUGUACGAAGCAAGCAAGUUACCCCUUAAAAAGAAGAGUGUAAACGAGAAACGUCUUAUAGAAAACGGAAAAUUAUAGGGUAGACAUUUAUAGAAUGAAUUAGAUGUUUUCAACUCCUAUAAUUGUAACAUAGAGGCAAUGGCUGAAGGAAGACAAGUGUAUUCUUAUUCCCCAAAAUCUACCUUCAUCUACAUUUAAUAUCAUUUAUCAUGAUUCUUAUCCGUGCAAUGCUGUAAAAUGAUGCUUUGGAUAUGUGACUGUGAUGGGUUGGGUCGUGAACUGAGUAAAUAAUUAUUUUGUUUAAAAUGGAAGUGGUUUAAGUAUAUUUUUCUCUUUAAGAUGCGUUUGAUAAUAGCAG